GUCAAAAGUGUGUAAGAUUUCGCAUAGACUGGUCAUUGUGAGUAUACAGCACACUCGGUACACUACAAAUUGUUGAAAUGAACGUAACAUUCUCGAACAAGAAAAGGUGACUAUAAAAUAACUAUUUGGGGAUAAAACACCAGUGAAUAUCCUACAAUGCCACAUCCAUCGAGUCGUCGAGAAGGUCCUACCAAGAUACGACUGACGGUGCUGUGUGCAAAGAAUAUUUCAAAGAAAGACUUUUUCCGAUUACCGGAUCCAUUUGCCAAGAUUGUCGUGGACGGCUCGGGCCAAUGCCACUCCACAGAUUUCUACAAGGGUACUCUAGACCCCAAGUGGAAUCAACAUUAUGACUUAUUUAUAGGUAAAAACGACAGUAUAACGAUAAGUGUGUGGAACCAUCGGAAGAUCCACAAGAAACAAGGGGCCGGCUUUCUAGGCUGUAUCAAGAUUUUAUCCCACGCCAUCCAGAGACUAAAAGACACAGGCUACCAAAGACUGGACCUUUGUAAGCAGAAUCCCGAUGAUAAUGAUAACAUCAGGGGCCAAAUUGUCAUCAGUAUUACGUCCAGAGACAGGGGGCUGAGCACAGGGAGCAGCACGGUCGUAGACUCCAGGAGUAUUGCGCCUCCGUUACUCCCAACUGAUCCCAACGAACUACCAGAAGGAUGGGAGGAGCGAAUGUCGACAUCUGGUAGAGUAUACUUUGUGAAUCACAUAACAAGAGCUACACAAUGGGAACGACCAACAAGACCUGCCUCGGAAAGUGCCGGUACCAGCAGGGCGGGGCGAAACAAUUCUCCAAUAUCAGGGUCGGAGAGCAAUGGGCGUGGCCGGCCCGUCUCAUUACUACGGAGGGGUGAACGGGGCGAGGAGACUUCGAGUAACUUAAGCAAUUCUUCUAGUACUGGUAAUCCUCUGUGUAGACGGCAGUCGUCGAGAUUAAGGAACUAUAUGAACCGGUCCACGCUUCAUCAAUGUAGAGAACUCCCCGAUGGAUACGAGCAAAGAACGACAGCGCAAGGCCAGGUAUACUUCCUACACUCGCAGACGGGCAUCAGCACGUGGCAUGACCCGCGGUUACCGCGAGACUUCACAGUGAACGAGGCCGACCUCGGCACGAUGCCGCCCGGCUGGGAGAUCAGACAUACCUCGUCGGGACGGGUGUAUUACGUAGACCAUAACAGCAGAACGACACAGUUCACCGAUCCUAGGCUAGACGCUACUAUCAUUAAUCGGGCAUUGAACAAACCUAAUAAUGGAAAUCCUGAAACGGCGCAAGCACCAAAGUAUACCCGGGACGUUGUACAGAAGUUAAAGGUACUCCAUGCCGAGCUGUCAUCUCUCCAACCCCAGACAGGCCACUGUAGAUUAGAAGUAUCCAGAGAAAAUAUAUUUGAGGAAUCCUACCGGCAAGUAAUGAAGAUGAAACCCAGGGACCUUCGGAAGCGCCUGAUGAUCAAGUUCAAAUCGGAAGAAGGUCUUGACUACGGAGGUAUUGCUCGAGAGUGGUUGUAUCUCUUGUCUCACGAGAUGCUUAAUCCGUACUAUGGUCUCUUCCAGUACUCUAGGGACGAUAUCUAUACACUACAGAUCAACCCCGACUCAGGAAUCAACCCAGAACAUUUGUCAUAUUUCCAUUUCGUGGGUCGGAUCAUCGGAAUGGCAAUCUUCCACGGCCAUUACAUCGACGGCGGUUUCACGAUGCCCUUCUACAAGCAACUCCUGGGUAAACCCGUCAGCUUAGAGGACAUGGAGUCAGUCGACCCUGAGGUCUACCGAAGUCUAGUCUGGAUGCUUGACAAUGACAUCACUGGCGUGAUCGAGAACACAUUUGCCGUUGAGCAUUAUAGCUUCGGCCAGAUGCAGACCCACGACUUGAAACCCAACGGCAAGAACAUCCCAGUCACUGAAGACAACAAGAAGGAAUAUGUCAAAUUGUUUGUGCAGUGGCGGUUUCUACGAGGCAUAGAGCCACAAUUCCUAGCAUUACAGAAAGGUUGCAACGAGCUCAUCCCUCAACAUUUACUCAAACCGUUUGACGAACGAGAGUUGGAGUUGUUGAUCAACGGACUCGGCAAGAUAGACCUAGAUGACUGGAAGAGCCACACCAGGCUGAAACAAUGCAACCAGGAGAGUAACAUUGUCAUCUGGUUCUGGAAGGCAGUCAGUUUGUUUGAUGAGGAGAAACGAGCCAGAUUACUUCAGUUUGUGACUGGGACGUCUAAAGUUCCGUUACAAGGAUUCAAAGCGUUACAAGGAUCAACUGGAGCUCCUGGUCCGAGACUGUUUACCAUUCAUCAGAUAGACGCUAGUACAGAUAACCUACCCAAAGCACAUACAUGUUUUAAUCGGCUAGACAUACCACCCUAUGAAACCUACGAGAAAUUUCUGGACAAGCUGACAUGCGCUAUAGAGGAGACGUGCGGAUUCACAGUGGAGUAAAAACAUGAUUCUUCAUCAAGUUUCCCGUCUGCUCUCAAGAAGAAAUGCCGUCUCCAAAGCUUCCUGCAAUUCUGUUUUUGUUAUUUGCUCAGAGAGAUAUGUGACUCAAGGCAUCUCUUCUACAGAUUAAGAAAAGGCGUCGUGCGGAUGGUGUGAGGUUUUGAUUUGGCCUUGCGUUUGGUGAGGAGGAACUUUGCCGGGAGAAGGAAAAGCAAAGCUUAAGGCCAGAUGGAGAAGCUUCUUCUUGUAGGUUGUUUGAAAGUCACCUCGCUGGAAAUGAAUCUUGGCUGGAUGGAUUUUGGAUUGAGACAAGGAUAGGAAAGCUGG